AUGAACGAUUUAAUUUUUCUUUUGACCAGAAAAUUGAGCACUGCCGAUUGUGCCUGUUCACUUCAUAAAACGAAAUGUCAAUCAAAUUUAGUACAUAAACUUGUUGUCGAGUAUCUCAAAUCAUUUUCCUGUAGAUCUCAAGUGGAUCAUCGGAAUUUUAAGAGAAACGUUUCGCAAGAGAUUCCACCUGUUUACAACAUAAAUAACUUACGAUGCAUUCCCAUAACUCCCGCGAGGAAAUUUAAUCAGAUGAAAAUGUUGAAAGAAAGAGGAAAACACGUCGCUAGUGUUCUUAGAGUAGAAAUCAAAACAUGUCAUGAAAUCAGAUAA